CUCUAGGGUCGGUUAGUCGUCGCCGUCGGAGGUGUGCCCUGGGUUUACCUCGCCGUAGCUGCCGCCCUGUCCCUGCAUCCGCGGCCCCCGCCUUGGCCCCGGCCGAGCCUCUCUCCCUGCCCUCUUCCCCUUAACCACCCCUGGUUUCUGCCGUCGGGGCUCCGGGGCCGGGCGAAUGAUGCCCUGGGAGAGCGGAGCUGAGCGCCGGAACGAGGUGGCUGCGCAGGUGGGGACGGCUGCGGCCUCGGCGGUGGCCACGGCCGCCCCGAUAGGCGGCGGCCCCGACCCAGAGACCUCGCCUGCCUCCCCCGGGCGGCACCUGAGCGGGCUGGGCUGGCCACAGGUGAAGCGUCUGGACGCGCUUCUGAACGAGCCGAUUCCCAUUCACGGGCGCGGCAACUUCCCCACCCUGAGUGUGCAGCCACGGCAGAUCGUGCAGGUGGUCCGCAGCAGCCUGGAGAAACAAGGUCUACGUGUGCACAGUGUGCGGCUACACGGCUCGGCUGCCAGCCACGUGCUACACCCUGAGAGUGGUUUGGGCUACAAGGACCUGGACCUAGUGUUCCGGGUGGACCUGCGCAGCGAGGCGUCCUUCCAGUUGACCAAGGCAGUGGUGCUGGGCUGCCUGCUAGACUUCCUGCCAGCAGGUGUGAGCCGGGCCAAGAUCACGCCACUGACACUCAAGGAGGCCUACGUGCAGAAGCUGGUGAAAGUGUGCACAGACACAGACCGCUGGAGUCUCAUUUCACUGUCGAAUAAGAGCGGCAAGAACGUAGAGCUCAAGUUUGUGGACUCGGUGAGACGCGAGUUUGAGUUUAGCAUAGACUCCUUCCAGAUCAUUCUGGACUCUCUGCUGCUCUUCGGUCAGUGCUCAUCCACGCCCAUGUCUGAGGCCUUCCACCCGACAGUGACAGGUGAGAGCCUAUAUGGGGACUUCGCCGAGGCCCUGGAGCACCUGCGGCACCGAGUCAUCGCCACUCGCAGCCCCGAGGAGAUCCGUGGCGGUGGCCUUCUCAAGUACUGCCACCUGCUGGUGAGGGGCUUCCGGCCACAGCCCAGCACAGAUGUGCGUGCCCUGCAACGCUACAUGUGCUCCCGCUUCUUCAUCGACUUCCCGGAGCUGGCGGAACAGCGACGCACGCUGGAGCGCUACCUGGAGGCCCACUUCGGGGGGACAGAGGCUGCCCGCCGCUAUGCCUGCCUGGUGACGCUGCACCGGGUGGUCAAUGAGAGCACCGUGUGCCUUAUGAACCACGAGCGUCGCCAGACACUCGACCUCAUCACCGCGCUGGCGCUCCAGGCGCUGGCUGAGCAGGGCCCAGCUGCUGCCGCCGCCCUGGCCUGGCGCCCUCCAGGCCCCGAUGGGGUCGUGCCUACCACUGUCAAUUACUACGUGACGCCUGGAGCCCACUCCUAUCCCACCUGGCUGCCUUGUAACUGACUCAGACCCUGGCCAAAAGGGACGGGCCUCGCCGGGUGGGUGGGGCCUCCAGGAGUGUGUGGAGGACAUGCCCAGGGAAGGGCGGCCUGUGCCAAGUGGCCCCGCACUGUUGCAAGGUGGGGCCUUUGCCUGAGCCGACCAGACUGCACAAGUGAGGCCCUGGCGGGCCCUUAAGGCCACACUGGGCAUCUAGCAGGAGGCCCUUUGGUUUUUGCUCCAUGCUUUUGGACCAGCAUGAUUGUGGGGUGCAGCGCUUGUCUUGGGGGUUGAUUGCCUUCAGGAGACAAAUCAGGUUUGGGGUAGAAGCCUCAAGAUGUAGCACCUUGGGUUGAUUUCUGUGGCCUAGAAAGGGUCAUUCUGACUAGGACCAGUCCGCAGUGACCGCUGCAGCCCACGUGGUGACUAACAGCAUGUGAUGGGGACCAUUGACUCUGGAUCAGGUUGGGACCUAAUGGCCUGGGGGGGUCCAGCCUGGCUAAUCACUGGGAGGAGGGAAACUGAGGCAGAUCCCCGCGUUUGGGAAGGGGGUGAGUUAGCUGGCCUCAUGAAACUCACACCCCAAGCUACGAAGUCGUGCCCUGGAGGGGCUGAGGUGAGUGAUGGACUGGAGCCCAGCAGCCAGGGUGAGAUGCAGCCCACGGCCUCCCAUUGUGUCGCUCCCUUCCCCUUGCGUUGUGAGGAACACACUUGCCGGGGAGCUUGCUCUUUGGAGGGUGCUAGGCCCAAAUUUGCCACAGUCAAGUGUUCUUCCCCACUGGCUUGGUUUCAGGGCUCUCACAUGUGGAAGGGGCGCCAUGUCCCACCUCCUUUUCAAUCCCUCUGGAUUCGUUACCUUAAUACCUGCCAAUAAAAAUCAUCUACACUGAG